GGGCCACCCACAGGGAACGCACCAAGACCAGGGGAAAGAUGAUCACUGAGACGGAGAAGUUCUCUGGGGCGGUCUCUCCCCAGUCCCAGGACAGCCCCUCCCCUGUUUCCAGGCCUGCAGAUCCAGAGCCAGCCCAGGAGGAGCACGAGAACAUGAAGAACAUGCUCAUCACCUCCAGCAGUACCGACCACCAGGGCAACCUGCGCCGCAACCGGGGAUACCGCAGUCUAGGCAGAGUCAGUGCAUGCCAGAUGUCUGUUGCCAAAGAGGACAGUGCCAGCUCCCAGGACGACGCUACGGAUGAGAUCAUGGAUCGGCUAGUCAAGUCUGUUACCCAGAACCCCACAGAGAGGCCGUCCAGCCCCAAGACACGCAAACGCUCCCGGCUCAACAGGAAGUCAUUGAGGAGGACACUGAAGAGCGGACUGAGUGUUGACGUGGUUCAGGCUCUGGGACUCAGCAACAAGACUGGUGACAAGCUCUGAACACACAGAGAACUACACAGACCUACACAGACUGGGACAAGCUCUGAACACACAGAGAACUACACAGACCUACACAGACUGGGACAAGCUCUGAACACACAGAGAACUACACAGACCUACACAGACUGGGACAAGCUCUGAACACACAGAGAACUACACAGACCUACACAGACUGGGACAAGCUCUGAAGACAGACAGACAGACCUGACCCACACAGACCUAUACAGACGGACCGUUCUACAGUACACACACACAGUACUACCACACACACACAGUACUACCACACACAGUACUACCACACACACACAGUAC